GGCCCAUACGAGACGGGGUGGACUCCUCCACCAUUGGACGAGGGAUGAUCCUGAGGGAGGAUCCAGGAUCCACCAAGGAAGGGGCAUCGACCGACAACGCGCGAAGAUCUCCUCCGCCAAGCGCAGAAUUGUCAGAAUGAUUUUUGUUACUCGUUACGAACAAGUCGUUCUCACUCAGAAGGGUCUAAGCCUUAACAACGCAACUUUAAAGUUCUGAUUUUAAUUUGAAUUCAAAAUAUUAAAGUACUAAAAACAAUAAUAACAGUUUACUAUUUUGUAUAUCCGCGCCUUGAGAGCGGAGCGCCUCUGCGCUCCACGGACUGUCACACCUGCACCUAAAUCCCCGAAUAUCCCUAUUUUCCGCGACGGACACGCAACAUAUUUGGUGACAGCGGUGGGAUAAUUUAAAAGGGAAUAGUUCAAAGUGGGGACAAACAUUUAAAAGGUGACAGUUUAAAAGGUGAUAAUUCUGUGAAAAACAGUUUAAAACAGUGAAAUAACUGAAUAGUUAAAUAAAGUGAUUGUGACAAACUUAUGUACACUUAAAUUACUUUAUCAACUCGCGGGUGUGUAUUAAACGGUCAAUUAAACAUUCUAUAAACUAUUUUAUUGAACUGUUAUAUAUUUAAUAAGUGGACAAAGUUUAGUGCAACUUCUCCCUCUUGGGUUUUGGCACGGUUUCCCCAAGAGCGAAGGGUAAAUACCGGAGACAGGUGAUUUCGGCUGCCGUGCAAGCCAUCCACCGAAAUCACGCGCACCUCGUCCACGUCAUCGUUGUAUCAUUCCUGGAGCAUAAGAGAGGAUAAAAUAAAAUCCCGGGACCUGAUCGGACUGUUCACGGAGCUGAGGCCUACCUGAUGCAGCUGAUUGCGGACAAAUUUUACUGGAGUACCUGCUGCUGAAUUGGGGACCAUUGAGCUGGAGUACCUGCUGUCGAAUUUGGGGACCAUCGAGCAGGAGACGGGACAGAGCCAUACACCUGUGAAAGAAGCAACAAGUUAAACGAGAAACGUUAAGUGACUUCUUGCGGAUUAUAAAUUUGUCGUGCAACAAAACUGUAAGUCUAGAAUAUUAGCAAAUAGACUAUAGAAUAUUAGUUGUAACCGUUAGUCCUAAUUCGAUAAGAUGCCGCCGUUUUCAACGAAACUAGUAAGGGCCAGAAGGAGGAAGGGUCGCAAAAAUAGUCUGCGUGGUGAUAGCGUCAUAUUUGUGGAGGAAAGUUCAAUAGAAUCUCCUAGUAGAGGAUCUUCUUCCUCAAUUGGAAGGUUUGAACCCCGAUUACAAGAGUCAUCUCUUGUACCUGCCCAGUCCACGAUGCAGAGUUGGGGUGAGCCGGGCGGUGUAUCUGUUCCUUCUAGUAGCACGGCAAAUAACACGCUAAUGAUUCCACCUAGGCCAUUACCUUCUAAUGUUUUGAAUUCCUCUUCAGAUGCGAAUGAACAUCAGACAAAUACCUUAAAUUUAGAGUCAUUACAACCUUCCAAGGACAGUACGACUAGGGACGCGGUCACGUCAUCGCCUAAACUUUCAAAAACCUUUACGGGCACCCAAUACGAUCUAGUAAAAAGUUUUAUUCCUCAUUUUGAUGGAAAGCCGUCCCAGGUAAACCAUUUUAUUGCCCAAUGUAGGCUUGCCGAUACCUUAGCAAAAACCGAGGACAAAACACUUUUGCUCGCUAUAAUUCGGAAUCGAAUGCAACACCGGGUUUACAGGGGUAUAGUGGGUGAUGACGAACCGGAAACUGUGGAGGAAUUGAUAGCCCUGAUUAAAUCUACGUUCGCCCAAAGUUUUAAUCUAAAUGAUACUCAAAAUGAGUUGAAGACCGUACGCCGUCGUGAAAGCGAAUCGAUCGAGGAAUACGGGUUCCGAGUAAACGAUAUUUUAGAUCGUGGGGUACAGGGGGCGAAAGAAGAUUUGAGUUCAGAGGAAUUUGGGGGCAUUAAAAAAUUACUUAUGACGAGCGCGGUGGCAGGAUUUUUAGGGGGACUGGGAAAUGAUGUUGUCGCGAGUAUACUUUCUAACGAUGACGUUAAAGAUUUAAGAGCGGCAAUUAAAUUAGCGUCAAAAAUUGAAACUCAGGUGAAUUCAUCGCGGAAUUCACAGAACACCAGCGUUCCUGAUACAAAUUCCAGAGUGCUGAUCGCGGAAACGCGCGACCGCAGAUGUUUUACUUGUGGGAAGGUCGGACAUAUUUCUGUCGAUUGUCGGAUACGACGGGACCGCCGUUUCGCAAAUACAAAUCGCGACACGCUCAGGUGCCAGAAAUGCGGUAAAGCAGGUCAUGCGAGUUCGGUAUGUUACAGCAAAAAUACUCACCGUGCCUGGGUAAAGGGUUCGCAACCAGCAGUUUCUUCGACCCCCGUAAAUCGACGAAAUCCUUUAAACUCAAAAGGGCCUCCGGAAACGGGCGCGACACGGAGAGAACCCCUGAUAUCACGCGCCGGAUCCACCGCGUCUGCCGCGAAAAGGAACUAA